CUGUAGUAUCGAUAGGCCUAGUUUUAUUUGAGUAUCGAUACUGUCGAUACUCGACGUCAGUAUCGAUACGCCCAUCCCCCAUCCCUGCUCCACACGACACGAGGAGAGAAAGCAUUAUCAGCACUUGAACUCAAAGGCCUUUUCGGUGUCAGCAGGCAAGACUGGUUUUAAUUAAAAAGGAUUUCCAAUGGCCACACGAAGAAGGAAACCACCAACACAGGAUGCCAUAGAACAUGCUGUGAAGGCCCUUGACAAGACAACAGAGUUAGAAGUGCAAUACAUUAACUCUUUUAAAGGUCGAGGGGUGUUUGCCAAGACACCUUUCAGAAAAGGAGACUUUGUGGUGGAGUACAGAGGAGAAUUAAUCAAUUCUAAAGAAUCUCAGAGGAGGAGGAGGACAUAUCACAAUAGAUGUGCUGUUUUCAUGUUUGACUUCUACUGGCAAGAAAAAACAUGGUGUGUUGAUGCAGCUAGAGAAGAUGGCAGCCUCGGGCGACUGGUUAAUGAUGACCACAAGCAUCCGAACUGCAAAAUGAAGAGGGUCAUAACAGAGGGCAAACCACACCUCUGCCUAUUUGCUUUGAAGGACAUUAAUGAAGGAGAAGAAAUAACAUAUGACUAUGGUGGAACUGAUUGGCCUUGGAGGAAACAGGAGGACAAACAAUCGGAUGCCACUGAGUCAUUUGAGACUGACAUCUUCAGAACAACCGAGCAGACUCCUCAGAGGUCAUCCAGCUUCAAGACACAGGAGGACAAACAAUCGGAUGCCACUGAGUCUUUUGAGACUGACAUCUUCAGAACAACCGAGCAGACUCCUCAGAGGUCAUCCAGCUUCAAGACACAGGAGGACAAACAAUCGGAUGCCACUGAGUCUUUUGAGACUGACAUCUUCAGAACAACCGAGCAGACUCCUCAGAGGUCAUCCAGCUUCAAGACACAGUGCCCACACGAUCCAGAACCCUUACCUUCAAUAAACAAAGUUGGAAUGAAUCCUUCCCUGGUGGACUACACAGAUUCUGAUGAAUCUCAGAGUCCAAGCACAAAUCAUGACCAGUUUAAUUCAAGCUGCCAGACAUGGUGUCCGACUUCAGAGUUCGAAAUAAGCCUCACCCACCAGGACGGAGAUUAUAUUCCAAGGCUGAGGAGGACCAAAAGCAUACAGGUAAGCAACUCAAAAUGUAGAGGAUGGAUGUACAUACUUAGCAUCUUGUACGUAACAGAAAAGUAAUGUUUAAUCAGUGUG